GCCGCAUCUGUACAUAUUUGGCAACAAGUAUACAGCCGCCAAAAUAGAAUCCGUUAAGGAUACGGGAUUGAAUACACUACGCUACUGCCGAAACAUCAGACUGGAAGACCAACCACAUACAUGGAUAGAUACGACACGCAGUGCGUUGAAAGCAAGACGAGCCACGCAAAUUCGUACAGUGCAGGCGGGGGUGGAGCUCCACCAAUCGCCAUGGCUGCCGGUGAUGCCGGCCGACGAGGGACGACGACCGCGGCCGUCGUGGUGCCAGCGGUGGCGCUGAGCUCCGGGAAGCCGAUGCCGCGGGUGGGCUUCGGCACGGCGACGGCGACGCUUGCUCAGGCCGAGGGCCACGCCGGCGUGACGGAGGCCGUCCUCCGCGCCAUCGACUCCGGGUACCGCCACUUCGACACCGCCGCGGUGUACAACGCGGAGGCCGCGCUCGGCGACGCCGUGGCCCAGGCCGUGCGCGCGGGGACCAUCGCCUCCCGGGACGAGGUCUACGUCACCUCCAAGCUGUGGAUCGCCGACGCGCACCCCGGCCGCGUCCUGCCGGCGCUCGAGAAGACACUACAGAAUCUGCGGAUGGAGUACGUGGACCUGUACCUGAUUCACCACCCGUUGAGCCAGCGGACGCCGGAGGCUGAAGGAGGCUCGGCGGUGGUGGUGAAGAAGAACCUGGUGGCGAUGGACAUGAAGGGGGUGUGGGAGGAGAUGGAGGAGUGCCACCGGCGAGGGCUGGCCAGGGCCAUCGGCGUCAGCAACUUCGCCUGCAAGAAGCUCGAGCACCUGCUCUCCUUCGCGAGGAUCCCUCCGGCUGCUAACCAGGUGGAGGUGCACCCGUACUGCCGCCAGAACAAGCUGAGGGAGUUCUGCAGGGAGAAGGGGAUCCAGCUCUGCGCCUACUCCCCCUUGGGCGGUAACGGCACGCCAUGGGCCAACAAUUCUGUCAUGGACAGCCCUGUCCUCAAACAGAUCGCCCAGGACAGGGGCAAAACCGUCGCCCAGGUGUGCAUUAGGUGGGUGUACGAGCAGGGCGACUGCGUGAUCGCCAAGAGCUUCAACGAGAGUAGAAUGCGAGAGAACCUCGACAUCUUCGGCUGGGAGCUCACCGACGACGACCACCGGAAGAUCAGUGACCUCCCGGAAUCCAGGGGCAACUACAAUUUCCUUGUGCAUGAAUCCGGGCCAUACAAAACAGUGGAGGAGUUGUGGGACGGGGAGAUCACCGCCGGCCACUGCGUCCAAACGGCGCUCGUUUCGUCUGAUUGAUGAACAUAUAUGAUGCAAUAAUGUAUUAAUUUUAUCCGUACAUAUUAAUGUAACCAAUACAUUGUAUAUUGUGGCAGUGUUUUGUGUUUCUCUUAGUUAUGGAGGCAGGAAGUCUCUUUAUCCUUGUGAUGAAAAGAGAAGAGAUCGGAACCAAAUACUUGUAAGUAGAGCGGGGGCUUGGGCCAUUCGAAGCACCAGCAUUUGACGUGGCAAUUAUGCGAGGGCUGUGGAGUGCCUAGGAUUUCUAAACUAGCACGGUGCACGGCAGCAUGGUCAUCUUGAUGAGAUAGUAUGACAAUAAAGGCAAACCCAUCGUUUUGGUCUUGA